AUGGCAGAGAAGAACCUCACCUUAGUGACUGAAUUCCUCCUUAUUGCCUUCACAGAAUGUCCUGAAUGGGGACUCCCUCUCUUCUUUCUGUUCGUUUUUAUCUAUCUCAUCAUUUUGUUGGGAAACUUGGGGAUGAUUAUCCUGAUCCACAUGGAUUGCCAGCUUCACACCCCAAUGUACUUCCUUCUGAGUCACCUCUCCUUCAUGGACAUCUGCUACUCAUCUGUCACUGUUCCUCAGAUGUUGGCCAUGUUGUUGGAACAUGGGGCAGUUUUAUCCUACUCACGCUGUGCUGCUCAGUUCUUCCUGUUCACCUUCUUUGGUUCCAUUGACUGCUACCUCCUGGCUCUUAUGGCCUAUGACCGCUAUGUGGCUGUGUGCCAACCUUUGCUUUAUGCCACCAUCAUGACACAGAAGGCCCGUUUGUGUUUUGUGGCUGGGGCUUAUGUUGCUGGCCUUUUCAGUGCCUCAGUGCGGACAGUCUCAACUUUCACUCUUUCCUUCUGUGGGACCAAUGAGAUCGACUUCAUUUUCUGUGACCUUCCACCACUCUUAAAGCUGACCUGUGGGGACAGCUAUGCCCAGGAGGUGGUAAUUAUUGUGUUCGCCAUUUUUGUCAUUCCUGCUUGCAUGGUGAUGAUCUUGGUGUCCUACCUGUUCAUCAUUGUGGCCAUUAUGAGGAUCCCCUCAGCUGGUGGAAGGGCCAAAACCUUCUCUACAUGUGCCUCUCACCUCACCACCGUGUCACUCUUCUUUGGCACCCUCAUCUUCAUGUAUCUGAGAGGUAAGUCCGGCCAGUCCCCAGAGGAGGACCGGGUGGUGUCUGUGUUCUACACAACAGUGAUUCCUAUGUUGAACCCAUUCAUCUAUAGCCUGAGGAAUAUGGAGGUGAAGGAAGCCCUGAGGAAAAUUCUUAGUAGAGCCAAGUUGUCCUAAUCAUCUCUACCUUUGUGAAAAUUUUGAGAAUCACCUCCUUUGUGAUGCCAGUAUUCUGAGCACUCAUUAUUUAAAUGAAUAUGCCAUGGUAACCAAAUCGAACCUACUGAUGUUGAGUUGAUUCUGACUCAUAGCAACCCUAUAAGACAGAGUAGAACUACCCCAUAGGGUAGAUUCAAACUGCUGACCUUUUGGUUAGCAGCUGAGCUCUUAACCACUGUAGAGAACCAGGCCUUUAGCUCCAGAGAGAGGAAGGAAGAAAAAGAAGAGGCAACCUGAGAAGAGACUGGACAAGAGACAAAAAGAUCUGAAAUUAAAUCCUGUGCAAUCCAGUUGCACACCUCAUCAGCCUGUGGCUAUAAAACAAGUUGAUAUUUUUUGCAAAUUUUUUAAAUGAAAGAUUUUCAUUGUACAGAAAGAUUGAAUAUAAUGUUUAGUGAACCCCCUAUACCACAUGCCUGGAUUCUGGGAUUGUUAAUAUUUCUUUGCAUUUGCUUUAUUAUGUAUGUAUAAUCAUCCAUCUAUCCAUUUUCCAGUUCAUCCUUCAAGCCACCUAAUUUUUAUAAGCACUUAAAAAUGAGUU